AUGGGAUCCCAAGAUGUUAUAACCUGGCAUCCUGCUGAUAUCUUCUCUGAUCAUCCAACAGAUCACAAGGAGUUUGCGCUUAUUGUCUUAAAUCAACCUUUGGAACUCCCUUCUAACAUCUACAAGAAGCUAUGGGAUAAUGCUGUUUACCACAUCGCAGCUGAUGGUGGUGCAAAUCAAGUAUAUGAUAGAAACCAUAAGACAGCCUUCAACAAGGAUUUCCCUGAUCCAGCCCUUGAAGUUGAAAGAAAGGCUAAAAAUCAUCUUGAUAUCGAUACUAUCAUUGGCGACUUCGAUUCCAUAUCCUCCAAUCUCAUCAAGUAUUUCGAGGACAAUGGUACCGAAAUUAUCAAAGAUGGUGAUCAAUAUUCCACAGAUUUUACAAAGGCAGUGCGAUAUGUCAAAACCUUCGAGCAACCGGCUGGCUCGGAAAGGACCCCUCCGUGUUCCCAUCGUCAAAAGAGACUAGAGAAACUUAAGCAACUACCCAAACCUCUUGAUAUCAUUUGUCUUGGCGGCUUGGGAGGAAGAGUUGAUCAAGCUCUCUCACAACUUCAUCAUCUCUAUAUGUUUCAGCAAGAGCCGGAUUAUUCCAAGGGCAAAAUGUACCUGGUUUCCAGUGAAGCUAUAACUUUUGUUCUCAAGGCUGGAAAACACAAAAUAAAGAUCAAGGAAGAGGGUAAAUUGUUGAAAUUAGGGAAACACAUUGGGAUUUUACCGAUCAAGGAGCCAUCGGUGAUCACCACGCAGGGUUUGGAAUGGGAUGUAACAGAUUGGAAGACGGAGUUUGGGGGUGAAUUGAGUACCAGCAACCAUGCGAGGGAGGACUGGGCGACUAUUGAAACGACGAAGGAUGUCGUGUUUACGAUUGAUUUCGUUCUUAAACCAGGUGAAUAA